AUGUUUGGCCUCUUCGAGUAUACCGGUGCACACUACUCCCUACAGAUUAAUCCCGCUUCUGAUGUUGCAAAUGUGGCGCAUCUCGACUAUUUUCACUUCAUUGGACGCGUCAUUGGAAUGGCUCUAUUUCAUGGUCGGUGUAUUGACGGUGGCUUUACUCUGGCCUUCUACAAGCGUAUCCUCGAUCGAAAAGCCUGUCUACAAGAUCUCGAAUUGGUUGAUCACGACUUUUACCAAUCCCUUGCUUUCAUUCGAGAUAAUGAUGUGGACGAACUGGACUUGGAAUUGUACUUCAGCGGCAACUACUACAAGUUCGAUUCGUUGCAGGAAGAAGAGUUGAAACCAGGAGGCAGGGAGAUUAAAGUCACCGAGGCUAACAAGAUGGAAUAUCUGAAACUGUCUCAAGAGAAUGAACAAGAAGGGGAGAAGGAAGACAUAGGAGGAGACGGUGAAGAAGAGGAUGAACGACGUUUUGUCGUCAUCGUCAUCACCAUCAUCAAUGACGUGAAUCAUGACCCAAGACUGCUCCUCUUUUCAAGUCUUCUCCUGCUGCUUGAAUCGGUUGUGAUGCAGAGAUUUUAA